AUGACACUAUACAUUUCCAAUAUCCUUGCUAGUUCAUCAUCACCAUCACUAGUAUGGACAAUCACUUUCUUCUUCAUCAUUCUACCCAAGUUGGAUCACACCAUUUUCUUAUUGGUAAAAGCUUCUCAACAUGGAUCACCAUCACAGGCACCAGCACCAGCACCAGCACCAGCACCAGCACCAAACAAUGUCAUGGAUAAUCCCCAAGAACCACAACUGAAUCCUCUGUUUCAAACCAAUUGGUGUAAGGACAAACAUCUUUUCAACAGAAGCACGAACUAUUAUUGCAACCACGACUCAGGCAUCACUUGUGACCAUGCUGGCCACAUUACAGAAAUUCAUCAUCGACAUUUGUAUGCAGAGAAAAUAGGAAUGCUCCAGAACUUCACUGCAUCUUGCUUUCAACAUUUAGUUCAUUUGGAUCUUUCGGGGUCAGGACUCGAGGGUGUUAUUCCACCGGGGAUAAGUGCUCUUACAAAGCUCACCUACCUUGACCUCUCCAACAAUGCUCUUACAGGCCAAAUACCACUUUCACUAACCAACCUUUCCCAAUUGAAGAAACUUGAUCUUAGUAGUAAUCAACUCAAUGGUUCCAUUCCUCAACAACUUGGCAACUUGACGAAUCUGGUUGAAUUAAAUUCGGGCAACAACAUCUUAACAGGUGCAAUUCCUUCAUCCAUUGGUCUUUUGAUCAACCUUACUAGAUUAAAUUUGUGGAGCAAUCAAAUUAGUGGAUCCAUUCCUAUCAGUAUAGAAAACUUAGAGAACUUACUCUAUCUUAAUUUGUUUAGUAACAUUCUCAACGGGCCACUCCCCUCCACUCUAUUUCGAUUAAAUUUAACUGCUCUAGACAUUUCAGAAAACAAACUCAAUGGAUCUAUUCCUAAAGCUUUAAGUAAUUUAACCAAUUUGUCAACUCUAUCUCUAUCCUCAAACCAAUUUAUUGGUUCUAUCCCUCCUGAAACUGGAAACUUGAGAAACCUAAUAUAUUUGGACCUGAGUCAAAAUCAAUUAACCGAUUCCAUCCCUUUAGAAUUCAAAUUUUUGAAGAAUUUGAAUGAAUUGGAUCUAAGUUAUAAUCAACUUACAGGUCCAAUUUCCCCAUCUUUGACUGCUUUAGCAAGCAUUUCUCGUCUUGACUUAAGUUCAAAUCGAAUUAAUGGUUCCAUAGAUGAAGAUAUUACAAAUCUUUCACAAUUGGUUGAUUUAGACCUAUCAUAUAACAAUAUUUCGGGAAUCAUACCUCCUCAACUUGAUGAUAUGUACAAUUUAACCUUUUUCAAUGUUUCACACAAUUAUUUACAAGGUAAAAUAAGUAAUGUGCUUCUUCGUAAAUUCACAAAUGAAUCAUUUACUGGAAAUAAGGAUGUAUGUAGUGAUGAUAUCUACAAUUUCCUCCCUCCUUGCUCUAAAUUUAGAGCGAGUAAGCAUAAUUUUAGUCGGAGGAAGAAGAGCUUCAUCACAAGAAUUAUGGUUAUUCUUCCCAUCUCGAUUCUCUUUGCCAUUUUCGGGGUUGGUGUGGUCUUUAAAAUUUGGCUGAAGAGAAGAAAAGUCCAGACUCCAAGUGAUCAAACAGUGAUGAAGAACGGAGACAUGUUUUCGAUAUGGAAUUAUGAUGGAAAAAUUGCAUUUGAAGAUAUCAUAAAAGCAACUGAAGACUUUGACAUUAGAUAUUGCAUAGGAACUGGAGGUUAUGGUAGUGUGUAUAGAGCACAACUACCUAAUGGCAAAGUAAUUGCCUUGAAAAAGCUUCACAGUUUCGAGUCUGAACAGUCAAUUCUAAGGCAAAGCUUUACUAAUGAGGUACAAACAUUGACAGAAAUACGUCAUAAAAACAUUAUACGACUUCAUGGAUUCUGUUUGCACAAAAGAAGUAUGUUUUUGAUUUACGAGUACAUGGAAAGAGGGAGCUUGUUCUGUGUGUUGAGCAAUGAUACAGAGGCUGUGGAUUUGAGUUGGAGCAAAAGGAUCGAUGUCAUCAAGGGCAUAGCUUAUGCAUUAUCUUACAUGCAUCAUGAUUGGAUUCCUUCAUUUGUUCAUCGUGAUGUAACUACCACCAACAUCUUGUUGAACUCGGAACUAGAGGCUUUUCUCUCCGACUUCGGUACAGCUAAACUACUUGAUCCUGAUUCUUCCAAUCGGACUAUGAUUGCUGGUACUUAUGGAUAUAUUGCUCCCGAACUUGCCUACACUAUGGCUAUAACAGAAAAAUGUGACGUUUAUAGUUUUGGAGUUGUGAUACUUGAAACUUUAAUGGGUAGGCACCCUCAAGAACUUCUAUCAUUGUCUCAAUCUUCAUCAUCAACUGCUCAAAAUAUGUUGCUAAUAGAUAUUUUGGACAAACGCUUGUCAAGACCAACAAAUCAGCUUUUGACACGAGAUAUUGUUCUUUUAGGCACAAUAGCAUUUGCAUGCUUAAAUGCCAAUCCAAAGUGUCGACCAACAAUGAAACAUAUCUCUCAUCAACUUCUUGCUCGCAAAGGAUUAUUAGCCAAGCCUUUUAUUGAUUUUUCACUUGAGCAGCUUAUGAUCCCAGCCAAUGCUGAAAUAAACCAAAAUGGUGCAAAUGAAAUUCUUUCUUGAUGUUUUCCCGUGAGCUUCGUUCUUGUGGACAAUUGAGUUUUACCAAAAUAGUGGUAAACUAAGCACAAGUUGGGAAAUUUAUGGCAUAACUAUCCAAUGUUUUAGUGUUUUAAUGGGUAACGACCUAUUGAUUUUUUUUAGCCACAGAUCUAUCCAA